AUGGAUGCCAAGGACAACCAGACCUAUCCGCGCAACGCCAUCAGCCUGGAGUCCCUGCAUCCAGCUGAGCCAAGCCCGGAGGUCGACAGCAAGAAGGACAGCCCGGUUACCUCGUCCGCGUCAGCGCCGCCUACCACCGUGGACGUUCCUGUUGACGAUGCAGAUACGCCAGGAGAUGCAGAUCCGACAAGUCAGGCUGAUGCGAAGCUGAAGAGAUGGGCUCGAUGGGCUCUUUUCGUGAUGGCGUUCUUCAUGGGUGACGUUUCAGACGGUCUUGGUCCCUUCCUCGGAGUUUAUCUCCAGGAACACGGGUGGGCUCCCGGGUUGCGCGGGUCAGUUCAGACAGUGAGCGGCGUGGCUACCAUCCUGGCUACCGGGCCCAUUGGUGCGUUGAUAGACGCAACAAAAUACAAGCGCAUGAUGGUAGCCGUCUGCGCCCUACUUGUUGGUGUAUCCCAAGGACUCAACCUCCUGUCUACACAUCCUGCUCUCGUCUUCCUCACGCAGAUCGUGUCCGCCGUCGCCGGCACGAGCAUGGUUCCUCUGCUUGUCGCUCUGACCCUGGGCAUCUGCUCUGAUGACAAGAGCAAACAUAGCUUCCGCACUCUGAACGGGCGAAAUCAGGCGGCUAACCAUGCGGGGAAUAUGGUUAGCGCCGGUCUGGCUGGGCUUCUUGGAUCACAUUUCGGGUUGACGGCAGUCUUUUACCUCGUCAUGGCAUUUUGCGCAGCGACGAUCGGCGUCGUAUUUCUACUGCCAGAGAGAGCGAUUGACCACAGAGCCGCAAGGGGAGGAGGACCUUCCCCCGAUGAUAACGGUAAUCGAGAAGACAUGCAAGAGAGGAGAAGGGCAGAGGUAGAUGGAGAAACAGCCAGGGACAUCAGCCCUCCAGUCGAAAGUCCGAUGACCAGUCCGAAAGGCAAGAAGGAAAGGUUCACGAACAAGUUCACCCAAAGGUUCAAGAACAGGGACCCAUCGAAGCCUUCCAGAAGUGGGUUCAGGGGAGCCAGUAUCCUUCUCAAAAACAAGCCUUUGGGCGUCGUCGCCAUCACGAUAUUCUUGUUCCACCUCGGCAACGCUGCAAUUCUCUUCCUAUACGGCCAGGCUCUCGUAGCCACAGGCCAGGGCGACCCCGCCGGAACCACUGGCCUUACCGUCAUCAUUGCACAGGGCACCAUGAUCAUCAUGUCAUUCCUGACGGCAUGGCUCGCUGGCCGCUCCGGCUACUGGUUCGCCAUUCUGAUAUCCUAUGCUGUUUUACCUAUACGUGCUGCCGUCGCCGGCCGGGUGAUCAAGAGCUGGGGAGUUUGGCCUGUACAGAUUCUCGAUGGUGUUGGUGCAGGUAUCCAGGGCGUCGCAAUACCCGGACUGUUGGCCGUCAUGAUGGCUGGGACGGGGCGGGUUAACUUGGCUUUUGGUGUCGUCGGCGGUAUCACCCGCCAGACGGGUGCAUCUAUCUCGCAUUCGUUGGGAGGCUGGAUAGCGCAGGAAAGGGGAUACAGCUUUGCGCUGUACAUCCUGGGUAUCUUUCCGCUUUUCUCACUGGCAAUAUGGGUAGGGUUUGUCAAGAUGUUACGGCCGCUCAUAGAUAAGAAACCUGAAGAGGAGUGA